AGGCGUGCCAUUUUCGCUCUCAUUGCUCUCUCUAUCUCUAGACUAAAAGACAAGCAUCGAUUGCUUUGUUUCUUCAUGCGUCCUUCUCUUCAUUCCCAAAAACCCAGAAAAUUUCGACAUUUGCUGAGCUCAAACAGUGCCCAUUCAAUUCUCUCAAUUUCCACACCCUGCAGUUCCAUUGCAGCUUUUGAUUCUCUCUAAGCAGACACAAGGAGACACAAAAACUAAAACUCCUCCAGUUUUCUCUAAAACCCUCAACUUUCUCUUUCUGCCUUGUUUCGUUUGAUACAUUUCUAUCUCAUUUCAGAACACAGAAAAAUGUCGAGGUGGGAAAACAUACAGAGAGACGAUAGAUACAGGCGUGAAAAGAAUAACCCAUCUUUCUCUUCCAGUCUUCUGGACAAAAUUUACAGCUCAAUUGACGAGGGUGACCCCAGAAACCGCGGGGACUCAAAGUUUUAUAAAGACACAAUGCAGCCAAAGAAACAGAGCAAAAGUGGCGUGAAAACCAGCAGAGCUGUUGAAGAAGACGAGAUGGCCAGCCUUCGCCGAGCUUGUUUGAUAGAAAAAUGGAUGGAGAAGAAGGUUAGCGAGAAGGUUGGAACACAGAGAAGGCAGUAUCUCACCGAAUUGGAUAGAAAACCAGACCAUGACCAUGAUCGUGAUCUUGAUGGUCUGUUUUUCAGCUCCACUUCCAGUUCUUCUGAUUCAAGCUCUGGUGGGUUCUCAUCCUCGGAUGCUGAAUCCAUGUACGGCUCUAAACCAAGAUCCUCAUGUUUCGCUCCGCCGAGGCCCAAGCCGGUUCGCACCAGCGUCUCUGCUCGAUCGGCAAAAACAGAAGAGAAAAUAGAGAUAAAGACAGAGAGGAAACAGAGGACUCUGUUUUAUGAACAGAGGGAAGUGCAUAUGUUUGACGAUUAUCAUUACAGUUGUGCCUCAGAGCCGACUCCAAAGCUUGAGGAAGGUAUAAUCAAGUCCAAAUCAAGGGCCUUGAAGAUUUAUAACAAUCUCAAAAAGGUGAAACAACCGAUUUCACCGGGCGGUAAGGUUGCGAAUUUCCUCAAUUCAAUCUUCACCACAGGGCAAUCCAAGAAAACAAAGAGCACGUCAUCAAUUGGAGGGUACGAGGAUGCUAGUGCAGAGAAAAAAUUGAAGUCGGGGCAAGCCUCAACUUGUUCAUCAGCCUCUUCAUUUUCCAGAUCAUGUUUAAGCAAGAACUCGCCUUCUACGAGAGAAAAACUGCGAAAUGGGGUUAAGAGAUCGGUUCAUUUUUAUCCAGUGAGUGUGAUUGUUGACGAAGAUUGUAGGCCGUGUGGGCACAAAUGUUUGUACGAAAGAGAAGAUCAAAGCCUAAUGCCUGUCACAGUCCCAACUGCAUGGAAAAUUGGCAGGUCACCGUCGAGAAAAGCAGAGGAAGAGCUUAAGCUCAAGGUGUUGGAGAAAAACAGGCAAGUAGAAGAAGCAGCCAGAGAGGUUUUGAGAGAUUGCCAUCGCAACCAAGUUAAGAAGGAUUCAGUGAGCAGAGAUUAUAAUUAUGUUGAUGAUGAAGAUGAUGCGGCUAGUUGUUCAAGUUCGGAUCUUUUCGAGCUCGAUCACCUUAAGGUGAUUGGGAAAGAAAGGUAUCUUGAAGAACUUCCUGUGUAUGAAACCACCCAUGUUCGUACAAAUCGUGCCAUUGCUAAUGGCUUAAUAAUGUAGUCAAUAAUAAUGUAGCACUUUUUUUUCAUAA